AUGGGUAAUACGGAUUCUAAGUUGAGCAGUCUGUAUCGAGACCAUAUUUUGCAAUUAGCAGGAGUUACAAUACCGCUAAGGGAUGACAAUGGUGAAUUUUCACAGUUUUACAGGGACUUCAUAGCUGGUGGUAAUUUUACAAUGGAAAUGUUUAACCACUUGGUUUCACCAAACGAAUUGAGAGGCAUCUGUAGGAAUAAUUCUGUCAAUAUCUCGAAUUUGGUUCAAUUUGUCAGUUUAACCAUUAUUGAAAUAACCAAAUCCUUGAUUGAUGAAGAGGAACAGGGGGUUCCCUUGUCGUCACCAUCGUCGAUAUCGCUAUUGGAGAUGAAAUUGACAGACUUGUUAGUGUGUAUUCGAAUACUGACCAAAGUUUACCCCGUGCAUUUAUCAACUGGUAAGGAGAAUUGGCUUUGGAAUCAUAAUGAAGAUGCUAUUGUACCUGGGUUUCUUCUGUUGAAAUCACUACUGAAAUUAUCGUUUGUGGAAGGGUUUACUCUACCGUCUGUGGGUAAACCAGGUCGAAUCACUCAUCUUCUUUGGGAAAAUGGUGUCAAUACACAGGAUUCAUCAUACGAUGCACAAACCGCUAGAAUUGAUUCUAAUCGAUUAGAAAUUGUUAAUCUUUUGCUGGCAUUGUGUUCUGCGGAUCUCUACGGAUUACCGAAUAAAUUUUUGGUUGCGCUAUGCCAUUUGGCUCCUGAAUACGACGUUGUUUGCCUUGUUGCUUCCAUUGUUAACACAGUUUGUCGAUAUUGUAAUAACAAUGAAGAAUCAUCAAUGCCCUAUCAAAAUUUCUCCUAUAAACAAUCUCAACAACAACAAUUACCUCAACUGAGAUUUUCAAUGGUGUCAUCGUCUCUACAACUACUCAAUAUAAUGUGCUUACGCUCAGAUCUAAAAGAGGCUCAAAUUUUAGCUCAAUCAAUGGAUCCUAAUUCGAAAUCAGUGGUGAAUUCUAAUAUUGCUCUUUCGUAUUUGGCAACUUUGAACCGAGAAUUCGAUUUACGUUUACUCUUGACGUCCUUUGCAAAGAUUUUUAAACUACCAAUUAAUUUGGCUAUUGAUCAGGAAUCAAAUCUUUUAAGUCUCCCCCGCAAACAAUCUUCUUCCAGCAUAGGAAGUGUUGAUGGAUCUAAUAGAUCCAAUAAUGCUGCUAAUUCUAUACCUUACGCCAAUGCUGCUGUUACAGGGACAGCAGCGACAAGUACUAACUCUGCCGCAAGUCCAACUGCUGGCAGUACAUCUAGAAGAUCUAGAGAUAAUGAACGUAUUGGUAAUACCAACGGAACUACAAAUUUCAACUCAACAUCUCAUGGGAACUCAUCAUCUUCACCAUCACUGCCGCCUGUAUCACCACUUUUUCUACAAUCUCUCAUCUUUCUUACGAUAUUGGUACAAAAUAACAAAAAUUUCCAAAAUUAUGUGGCUGAUAAGUUUGGUCCUAAAUUAAUCAUCUUCUCCAUUUAUUACUUACAAUUUUACGACAAUAAUGUUAAUCAGAAUGGCGGUUGGGAGUUGGGGUCUACGGUCAUCCCACUAUGCUACAACUUAGCACUUUUCUUUUCUUCGAAAAAAUUGGUCCUUUCGAAAAUGUUAGAAACCUUUUCACCUAAUUAUUAUACAAACAAAUUACCGAAUUUUUUCAAAUUGUCUUCUGGUAAUAUCAACCAUAUCACUUAUCGAGAUUUUGCCAUAGUUCAUUUAUGUAAUAUGGCAAUAUCUGAUGUCAGAGAUAACUUACAACCAAGACCUUGGAUAUUUGAACUAAUUUACAACCUUUUACCAAUUCGUGCUAAUCUAAGAGAUGAAGAAUUAGUACAGUUAAGUUCAAAGAAAAGGCCUAAAAAUAUUGGAAGUGGUGGUAUAUCAUACAACGCUGCCAUGCCAUUGUUGCAUCUUCUUUCUAAAAUGUCAAACAAAAAUUAUUUGACCACAUAUGCAUCUUCCCCUUCGGGUGCUUCCAGAGGAUUCUACCCCUGUUCACCUGGUUACAAAUUGGACUGCCUUGCCCUUUUGUUACGUGUGAUUUCCAUUUACGUUAUAUUGUAUUUUGAAGAGGCUAAAAAUUUAACAUUUGCCCUCUGUCGUCACCAAAGAAUAUUAUUCCAAGUUAAGGAUUCCAUCGACACAAUUUCGAAAAAUUUGAAUGGAUCGGUUCAAGAUUUAAAAAUUGAUGAUUAUUUCGAACAUGCAUUUAAUUUUAAUUCAGUUGAUAAGGGAUCGACGACACCAUCUCGAGACAAUAACGAGGAAAAUAAGGUUUACUCUAAUCAAGCUCUUAUAUUUAACAAUAAAGGAAUGUCAACCACUCCGGAAAAUCGUGACACUAGUGGUGAUAAUACGAAUGAUGAACCAGGUAUUGAUAAUUUUGUUGAUGAUGAGAAUUACGAACUUUCAAGAUAUGCAAGUGACAACAACAUGGGGAAAAGUAUCGAAUUAUUGGAAUAUGCAGAUUUGAGUAUCAAUCCUAUAAUGUCCGAUGAUAAAGUUUUCAACGGCAUAAGACCUAAAUGGCCAGCAGGACUUACUUCAAAGUCAAAGGCAAAAUUGCGUGCCAAAUCGGAUUUGACCAGUUCUUGGUCGGGGGCAAACUGCCUUUUAUUACUGAUGCGUAUGGCAAGACUUCUAUUGAAACAGUUUCCCACAAUUAGUACAAUUAGCACAAAAGAGUAUUACCAGCUAUUGGGUGAAAUUGCCCAAUUCAAAAAUCAAUUCGAAAGUACCAUCAAACCUCAUUUACCUAUAUUCAUGUCGGAACUAUCCGAGGGUCAACCAUUGAAGAUAGAUUUAUCCCAAAAAAAUCUAAUUUAUCAGAGUUGGAUUUAUAUGGUUUGUUGGACCAACAUCUUCAAUACUCAUUCUGGUGCAUACGCUGUUUCUCAAUCAGCCAAUGCAAAUAACAAUACCAAUACCAAUACCAAUACUAAUACCAAUACCCAUAACAAUACAAAUAAGUCUAGUGAUCCCAACACAUACAAUGGCAGUAGUAACGGUCCCGCUCUUUCUAGAGUCUCUAGUACAGACACAUUGCCUAGUCUGGAGAAAUUCAAUUCUAAUGGGUCAAUGCUCUCAAGAACCAAUAGCAAUAGUAGUUCAUUAAUGGGGUACCUAUCAUCCUACAGAAACACUGAAACUUCGUUUAGUUCACCUCUAGAAAUUACAAACUAUUCAUCACCAACAUCCAAAUCGAAUGGAUCCAGAGCCAACGGUGGUAAUAAUAGUAAUAGUAGUAGUGGGACUUCAUUUUUCAGGUUUGCAUGGAAUGGAUUUACUAAGAAGGAUAAUAAUUAUGCACCAAUUCAAGAAGAAGCUUCAGAUCCACCUGGCUCCCCGAUGGGUUCUGCACCAUCGCGUCCAAAUCCAUUUAUCCCAGAUGUUGGAUUACUAAAACCAAAUAUUUGGACAGGGACUAAAAUUAAAUUAUUUGACGUGAAGGCAAAGGAGAAAGAAGAAUUCUCAUUAUUGGAUAUGACAUCUUCAUUUCUGAGAAGGUUUAGAUUUAACAGUGUAACAAGUUCAGGUUCAACAGAUGCUCUCAAUUCUGCAGGCGGAAAUUCAAAUGUUUACAACAAUAACGGCAAUAUGAAAUCAAAUGGUGCAAAUUCAAGACCGUAUACACCAAGAGAGAGUACACUGAUGCUAUCAACUUCAAAGAAAUGA